AUUUUGACCUAAAAUUCGGCCAACUUUUCGCGGCCGCGCGGAGGAUUGGGUCCAUGUGAAUCAAAAAAAAAAAAUGGCGGCUCAAAGGGAACCUGACCAAGUGGAAAUUAUUAGUGGCAUUAAAGGAGCAUUAAAUCGCCAGAAGUCGAAUUUUUCCCGGCGGUUUUCAAAUGUACAUAAGCUGAGAGAUCUAGAUCAAACUUUUCAAGCGCUAGGGAAAGUGGCCGAGGCUGUUGUGAAGGGAAAAUACGGUCCCCUUCGGGAUCGAUAUCAGCAUGAAAUUUGUCCCAUAUCUUCCAUGUUGGAGCGCACAAUGAUACGUGCUAAGAAAGGCAUUUAUCGCCGACUUAGUCCGCGGAUGAGUAAAAUCCAUCCUUGGAUGAUUUGUUUUGACGUCCCGAUGCCACAGGAAGUGUUCAAUUUACUGAAUAAAGGGGUUGUAAAUCUUACACGUUUUGGUGUAGAUGUUUUGGAGCAGCCUUAUUCAGUCACAAUAACAUUCUCAAGUAUGAGAAGACUGUGUGCCCUAUUUAACAAAUUUGAGGACUGC